AUGUCUCAAAGCGAUAAGAAUAAGUCACAGUCAUUUAGUUUACCAGCACCAAAGGGCCCAACACCAACAACAAAGGAGUUAUUUAAUAAUGUUACUUGCCCCGUGUGCAAGAACCCUGACCCUGAUAUUGUAGAGGACUAUGCAAGAGGCGAUCUAAUCUGUAGAGAAUGUGGUGUGGUUAUUGGCGAUCGUAUUGUCGAUGAGCACAGCGAGUGGCGUACAUUCUCCAACUCAGAGUCGACUGGCUCUGACCCCAACCGUGUGGGAGGUCCCACCAACCCACUGCUAAGCGACUCAGGCCUGUCCACUGUCAUUGGCAAGGGCAACUCAAAGGACUCUGGUGCACUGUCGCGUAUGCAGAACAGGGGUGCGUUGGCAUCGGGCGACAGGACACUACUGAACGGCUUCAAGGAGAUCUCGAGAAUGGGUGACCACAUGGGUCUGCCACAGAUGGUGAUGGACACGGCCAACGAGCUGUACAAACAGAUGGAAGACAAGAAGUCUCUAAAGGGACGUUCUGCCGACGGAUUCCUGGCGGCCAGUCUCUACAUUGCCUGUCGUCUCAAGGGCAUCACGAGAACAUUCAAGGAGAUAUGCGCACUGUCCAACAAUGUCUCCAAGAAGGAUCUCAAUCGUUGCUACAAGCUCAUGAAGGAGUCGCUGUCAACCAAGGUCAACCUGCAAGCCAUCUCAACAGAGGACUUUAUGACUCGUUUCUGUGUCAACUUGCAGUUGCCCAAGGAGAUUAAGCAGGCCGCUGAACACGUGUCUCGCACUGCCACUGAGUUGGGCAUCGUCGCUGGAAAGAACCCAAUCUCUGUCGCUGCCGCCAGCAUCUACAUGGUCAGCCAACUCUCAGAGAAUGACAAGCGCACUCAAAAGACCAUCUCUGACAUCACCGGUGUCUCUGAAGUCACCAUUAGAAAUGCCUACAAGGAUCUCUAUCCCAAACGCGACUCACUGCUCCCACCUGGCUCCACCUUCCUCUCCAACCUCGCCAAUCUUCCAGCUCUCUAG